CCCCAGCAGACCGGGUCCUGGAAGCCAGGACGCUGGAGCUGAAGCCUCCAGAGCACCUACAGGCUGGCAGGGCUAACGCUGACCCCAAGCCGCUCCUCACCUGGACAAGAUGAGAGUGUCAGGUGUGCUUCGCCUCCUGGCCCUUAUCUUUGCCCUGGUCGCCACAUGGAUCUUUAUUAGCAGCUACAUCAGCUUCAACAUGAAAACUCUCCGUCUGCCCCGCUGGCUAGCAGGUUUGGAAUCACAGGCAAUCCCGGUCGUGAGGACCAAGUGUGGUCUCAGCAAGCCCUGCCCGGACAACUUCUUUGCCUUUAAAAUCAGCAGCGGAGCCGCUAACGUCGUGGGCCCCAGGAUGUGCUUCGAAAACUUUGUGAUCAUGAGUCCUGUGAAAAACAACGUGGGCAGGGGCCUGAACAUUGCCCUGGUGAACGGAACCACAGGACUAGUGCUGACGCAGAACUGUUUCGACAUGUACUCUGGAGAUAUUAACCUCCUGGUAAAAUUCCUAAAAAAAAUCCCAGAGGGCACGCUGGUGCUAAUGGCCUCCUAUGAUGACCCAGGAACCAAAAUGAAUGAUGAGACCAGGAAGCUCCUCUCCAGCUUGGGCAGUUCCUAUGCAAACCAGCUGGGCUUCAGAGAUAGCUGGGUCUUCUUAGGGGCCAAAGACCUCAAGGAUAAAAGCCCUUUUGAGCAGUUCUUGAAGAACAAUCCAGACACGAACAAAUACGAUGGCUGGCCGGAGCUGCUGGAGCUGGAGGGCUGUGUUCCCCAGAAGAGGAAAGCGUGGCCGUCCAUGGCUGCACAGUGAGUCCUUAGCCAAGAGACGUUGAUACCAGCCACUGGAGCCCACGGAGGUGGCAGUGUGGUGGACAGAAGGCCGAGCCUGGGUCUGAGUACUGGCUCUCCACUGGCUAGCUGGGUGAGCAGAUGCCACCUCUCUGAGCCAGAGAGCUCCCCUGUGAGAAAUGGGGGAUUCGAUCCAUCUCGGGGGCGUAGGGGCAGGAAAUAGGAUAAAAUAUCCACAAUGCCAAAAGUUGUCAAAGAGAAAAAAUAUAUAUAUUUGUAUGUA